AUGGCCAACAGAGAACUUGCAUUUUCUGUAACUUUCAUUAUUAUUUGUUCAGAGACAAAUUUGAAAAUCAUGCCAACUAAUCAAAACCAUUUAUGUCUUACAGUAGUAGCACUUGUUCUGUUGCCAUGUUUGCUCACAGUUUGCUCAGCCGCCGCCAUGACCACAAACAACAUCACCAUUGAUGAGCUUGCUCUGUUUGCCCUGAAAUCCCGAAUCACCGAACCAUCUUUUCAGCAAACACUGGGUAAAAACUGGACAAUUGGUUCCUCAGUUUGCAGCUGGAUUGGAGUCACUUGUGGGUCUCGACAUCGGAGAGUGACCGCCUUAAACAUUUCCAACAUGAACCUUACCGGCACCAUUCCUUCCCACCUGGGGAAUUUAUCAUUCCUGGUUUCCCUGGACAUGAGUAUGAACUAUUUUGAAGGCGAAUUUCCCGAUGAGUUUUCCCGGUUUCGCCGCCUGAAAUGGCUAGACUUGAGCAUCAACAAUCUCAACGGACAGUUCCCACCUUGGAUUGGCUCAUCAUCAUUUCAUGAGCUUGAAUACUUAAGCCUCAAAACCAACUAUUUCACUGGUGUUAUUCCACCCUCCAUCUCCAACAUGUCCAAGUUGACGGCGUUUAUCGCUUCUUUCAAUUAUCUGCAGGGAAACCUGCCGCCAGAGAUAUUCAACAUAUCCACUCUGGAAAUAAUUACUCUGGGUGAAAAUCAUCAAUACUUUUCAGCCGGUUGGCUUCCGGAUGAUCUGUGUCAACAGCUUCCGAACCUCUGGUGGCUUGAUUUAGAACGGACCAAGUUAAAGGGUCAAAUCCCAUCAAGCAUAGGCCAAUGUACACAACUUCAGACGCUGUUAUUCGGUUACAACUCACUCAAUGGAGUCAUACCAAGGCAACUUGGAAACUUGACAGCACUUCAGGCGCUAGCCCUCCAGAAUAACCUAUUGGAAGGUUCGAUUCCAAAAGAAAUUGGCAACUCAUCAAUGCUGCUGUCUCUGGAUUUCAGCUUCAACAAGCUGAAAGGAGUUAUACCUGAAGAGAUCAACAAACUACCCAAUAUUGAGGAAAUCCUCUUUGGUUUCAACAAGUUAACUGGUUCAAUUCCAGUAGGUAUCUUCAACUUGUCAACCAUAGCACUGAUGGCUCUCUCAAACAAUCAACUUUCUGGCAAUCUUCCUCCAACAAUGUGCUACACCCUUCCAUAUUUGCAGAAUCUUUAUCUUGCCUCGAAUCGCUUUAGUGGACCUAUUCCAAAUUCGAUUUCAAACUGUACAAAUCUUCAGGUGCUUGAACUUUCAGCCAACAAUUUCACGGGUUCUAUUCCCAACUCCCUGGGAGACCUUAGCUUUCUUCAGGACUUGAACCUUUGGCAAAACAAUUUAAUCAGUGAUCCUUCUUCCCCUGUUUUGAACUUCAUCACCUCAUUGGCUAAUUGCCAGUAUUUGGUAGCUCUUCAUGUGGAUGACAAUCCACUCAACGGUGUUUUGCCUGAAUCGGUUGGAAACCUUUCUUCCUCACUCGAAACUUUUGAUGCAAAGAACUGUAAAAUCAGAGGCCGCAUUCCAAGUGGGAUUGGAAAUUUAAGCCAUUUAGAUGCAUUAAGCCUUUAUGGUAAUCCGCUUGUUGGGUCAUUGCCUGAUUCAAUGAAAAACAUGCAGAGUUUACAGAUUUUGUAUCUCAGUGGGAACAAAAUUCACAUUUCUCUGCAACUCUUUUGUGAUUUACCAAACCUGGGGAAUUUACAACUGGAUGAGAAUAUUAUAAUUGGGGGUGCGAUUCCAAAUUGUUUUGAAAAUAUUACUUCCCUGAGAUAUCUUAACCUCAGUUCCAGUGAACUAAACUCUGAACUACCUGUCAGUUUUUGGAACCUCAAGAAUCUAUUGGAGCUUGAUAUUUCUUCCAAUUCUUUGAGUGGUUCUCUUCCUUCUGACAUCAGUAAUUUCAAACAGGCAACUUAUAUGGAUUUCUCCAGGAAUCACUUUUCAGGUGACAUUCCUAGCGUGAUUGGAGAUUUAGUAAACCUGGAAGCGUUUUCUUUGAGGAACAACAAAUUUCAAGGACAAAUCCCUGAGACAAUGGGUAACAUGCUAAGCUUACAACAACUGAUCCUAUCCCAUAAUUUCUUCUCCGGUUCCCUUCCAAUGUCAUUAGAAAAACUUCAAAAUCUUGCUUCUUUCGAUGUGUCCUUUAACAAUCUGAGCGGCGAAAUUCCUUCGCAAGGCCCUUUUGCUAACUUUACGGCUGAGCCCUUCUUUUCUAAUCGAGCUCUAUGUGGAGCUCAAAGAUUUCAUGUCCCGCCAUGCCCAAAAUCUUCAGCCCAGCGUAAGACUGCUAGUCGCGGAAAUGUGCUUAAAACUCUAAUCAUUUUGGUUGCGGUGAUAUCAGCGAUAGGAAAGAGUCCUAGCGAAGAACUUUUUGGCGAAAAUAUGAGUUUAAGGAGUUGGGUUCAAGAGUCUGUGCUUAAUAAUGGGAUGGCUAAUGUUAUAGAUGCUGAUUUGAUGUUAACAAUCAAUCAACACUUGCCUGAAAUACUUGCUGAAAUUUCAUCGAUUAUGGAUGUAGCUCUGGCUUGCACAAAUGUAUCUCCAAGAGAGAGAAGUAAUAUAAAAGAGGUUCUGGCAAGCUUGAAUAAGAUCAGACUUCAACUAUUGCCAUAUACAGAUGGCUCUCAAGGGAUGGAAGAUAUCUCAAGCAAUUGA